AUGUUUGCUAACAAGAAGCCCUUCAUCACUGCCAUCCUCGGAGCACUGGUUGCACUGUCCAUCAUUGCCCUUGUUCUCAGCCUGGUGAAGAUUGAAGAUGUCACCCUGCCACCCACAGUCAAGUAUGGGAUGGUGUUUGAUGCAGGCUCAUCCCACACCUCUCUGUUUGUCUACGAGUGGAAUUCGGACAAGGAGAACGACACCGGUGUGGUCAGCCAGACCUUGUCCUGUGAUGUCCAGGGUCAAGGCAUAUCGAGCUAUGCCAAUGAUCCCUCAAAAGCUGGUGAUUCCAUAAGAGAGUGCCUGGAUAAAGCCCUGAAGGUCAUUUCUGCUGCAAAACAGAGGGAUGUCCCAGCUUAUUUCGGAGCAACAGCAGGCAUGAGGCUACUGAGGGAACAGAACAGCUCAGCAGCAGACAAAGUCCUGGCCGAAGUUGCUAAAACCAUGGGAGAGUACCCUGUGGUUUUCAAAGGGGCUCAAAUCCUUACAGGAGAGGAGGAGGGGGCUUAUGGCUGGAUCACCAUCAACUACCUGCUGGACUCCUUCACUAAGUACUCCCCCAGAGCACACUCGUGGGUUCAUCCAGAGGUGGCCAACAUUUUGGGGGCACUGGAUCUUGGAGGAGGAUCCACUCAAAUCAGCUUUAGGCCUGAAGGUUCAGCGAUAAACUGGAAUGAAACCUCCAAGCUCACACUGUACGGAUAUAACUACAACAUCUACACCCACAGCUACCUCUGCUACGGGCAGAACGAGAUGCUGAAGCGACUGGCAAAGGAAUUAAUUGCGGAGUCAUCCUUCAGCACACGAGUCGAUCACCCUUGCUACCCAAAAGACUACACUGAAACCAUCUCGCUGUCUUCUUUCCGCACCAGCCCCUGCACAAACCGGAGCGAUCCACGCCUGACCCUCAGUGACAGGAAUGUGACCCUGGAGGGCAGGGGCAAUGCCAGCGGGUGCCUGGCUGCCAUCAAGAAGCUGUUCAACUUCUCAGCAUGUGGCCAGAGCCAGGACUGCACCUUUGAUGGCAUCUACCAGCCCCCGGUCAGAGGGCAGUUCAUUGCCUUCUCUGCCUUUUACUAUAACUUCCAGUUUCUCAACCUGACCGAGGGGCAGUCGCUGGCCACUGCCAGGGAGGCCAUAGAGCAUUUCUGCACACAGAGCUGGGAAGACCUGCCUUCCAGCUACCCUGAAGAGAAUCCUGAGCGACUGCCUAAAUACUGUGCCAAUGCCAACUACAUCCUCACACUCCUCCUCGACGCCUACAAGUUCAACGAGACCAGCUGGAAAAACAUCUUCUUCCAGGCGAAGGCAGGGAGCACCGACGUCGGCUGGACCCUGGGGUACAUGCUGAACCUCACCAACAUGAUCCCAGCGGAGGCUCCGGCCUGGGUGAAGGGGCACGUUCCUUCCCUGUGGGCUGCAGCCAUCGCCUUCAUCAUCCUCACCCUUGCCUUGGCGCUUGCCGCCCUGCUCCUGCUCUUGUGGGUGUAG